CUAAAGUAUCACAGAAUGUUCCACCCGCAGAACCUCAAUGGUCUCUACAGGAAAGCACUGCAAUUCGGGAGCAACUAGACGAGCUGCUUAAAAAAGGUGCCAUUUGUCACGCAAACCCAAGUAAAAGGCAAUUUAUCUCAAAAAUCUUCUUAACAUUAAAACCAGAUGGGUCGUAUCGACUUAUUUUGAACUUGAAAAAUCUCAACAAAUUUAUUAGCACAGAACAUUUUAAACUAGAAGACGAAAAAAUUGUUAGACGAUUGCUAACUCCUAACUGCUACAUGGCAGCAAUCGACUUCCAGGACGCUUAUUACCUCAUUUCAGUUAGAAAUUCAGAUCAAAAGGUUUUAAGAUUUAAAUUUCAAGGGAAAUUGUUUGAAUUUACUUGCUUACCAUUCGGGUUAAGUACAGCCCCAUAUACGUUCACAAAAAUCAUGAAAUCCGUUAUGUCAGCCCUAAUUUACUUAGGCUAUACGUCGGUCAUAUACCUGGACGAUGUUUCACUCAUUCAACAUUCCGAAACCAGGUGCCAGGAAAAUGUGCUAACCACUGUUGGACUCUUUAAAAAAUUAGGCUUUUUAAUUAACGAACGGAAAAGUCAAAAGGUCCCUUCGACUAGAUGCAGAUUCUUAGGAAACAUCUACGACUCAAAACAAAUGGUAGUAGAACUUCCAUUGAGAAAUCUCCCAGUUGAGAAACAAGAAAAGAAUCAAAUAAGAAGAUUUGGUCCAUCGAUUGAAAUUUUUUCGGAUGCGUCUUCUUCAGGUUGGGGCGCAUAUUGUAAUAAACACAGGGCCAAUGGUCAUUGGAAUGAGGAGGAGCAAGGCCAACAUAUCAACUAUCAGGAAUUAAUAGCGGCAUGGUUUGGCUUAAAAUGCUUCGCUAAAGAACGGGGAGACUGCGAUGUCUUACUAAGAAUAGACAACACCACAGCCAUCGCGUACAUUGAUAAAAAAGGGGGUGUGAGGUUUCCGAAGUUAGCAAAGAUUGCCAAAGAAAUUUGGCAGUGGUGUGAGGACAGAAAUCUAUGGAUAUUCGCCAGCUACAUAGCCUCUGAAGACAACGUGGAGGCAGACGCUGAGUCUCGAAGACUGGAAUCUGAAACAGAGUUUGCACUAGCACAAUCAGCCUUUUGUCAAAUAAUCUCAAAGUUUGGGAACCUCAUCCCCUUUGGCCGAGGAUUACCCUGGUUGCAGGAAUUAUAUCAGGAGGGCACUCGAAACAAGACACCGGUAGACUCGGCAGAUAUCAUCUUAGCGGCACUUAGCGAUUCGUCAUUAAGGCAAUACAAUGGUGGCUUAAAGAAGUGGUGGAAAUUCUACACCGCCAACCAGUCCGAUCCGUUUCAAAUCACAGUGCCUAUGGGUUCUAGUCUUGCAGAUGACUCCAGAAUAAAAGGUUUCUUCAGGGGAGUCUCGAGGCUGAAGCCUCCUAAAGCUAAAUACAAUUGCACCUGGGACCCUAGAAUACUCUUAGAAUACCUAGAAAAAACUAACUCGAAUAAUAACCUAUCGCUCGAGGAGUUGUCAAAAAAGUUAGUUACUCUACUGGCCCUGGUUACUGGCCAUCGUAUGCAAACGUUAGCCUUAAUGGAUAUAAGGAAUAUUGUACGAAAUAGGGACGGAUACGAGAUCAAAAUUUCAGAAAAUAUAAAGACUUCGAGACCAGGGAAAGUCCAGCCAAAUCUAGUAAUUCCGGUUUUCAAAGGAAAUCCAUCAGUGUGCCCAGCGGCUGCACUAACCACUUACUUAGAAAAAACUAAAACUCUUCGAAACAACGAAAACAAACUCUUUAUUGGGGUAAGAAAACCUCACAAAGCAGUAGGCAGCCAAACCCUAAGUCGGUGGAUAAAAUCGAUCUUAGGCGAUAGCGGACUAGACACGUCUAAAUUCAUCGCGUAUAGCACAAGGCAUGCGUCAACCUCGGCCGCGGGGCGCAGUGGUGUCAAUAUAGAUUUAAUUCUCAGAACCGCUGGAAGGACUAAAAAGUCUCAGACCUUCGCUAG